AUGUUAUCAACGAAUCUUUUUACACAAAUAAUAAUUCUAUUUAUUAUUAAUGAAAUAAGAGUACUACCGGAAAUAGUGGCCGGUCAGUCACACGGAGGCAACGAAGGAUCACAAUUUAAUGAUGUAGAACAUCUUGGCAGCUCGAAGAUAUAUGCUCCAAAAACAAUCUCCAUGACCCAAGGAAACUCUGGUGUACACUUUGUAGUGGUGUCAAAGAGUUCACCUAAAACUCUUCUUGUAGAAUCGAUUCAUAUUACAUAUGAAGCAUCUGAUGGAACAACAUCUAGGAAAUCCGAACAUGGCAGAAGCAACGGUAGCGCAUUAAAUAGUACUAAAUGCGAUCCCUUCACUUUGCAUAUUGGCGAAAAAAUUAUCCAAGUUAACGGUGGUAGUGGCUCAAAAAUUGAUUCAUUACAAUUUGUUACCACUGAAAACAGAAAAUUACCUGACUCCAAAUGUGGCGGUAAUGGCGGUGGAGCGUUUAACGAUAGCAAAGAAGGUUAUUAUCUGUCGUUUAUAAGUGGUAAAGCAGGAUCAUCUUUAGAUCGAAUACAGUUCCAUUGGGUUAAAUUUCCAGAAUCUACUAGUAGUUUAUGUUCUGAUGAGGACAACAACAAUGGCACAUCACUUUUGUUAAUUACAUUUGGUUCUGAUCGUGAUUUGUAUUGCGAGAGGGAACCGUCUAGCUACAAUUUCACCACAAAUCAGGAUCCUAUAGGUCUAAAUGAGACUACGAUAAGCGACGGGAUGUUUGGUAUUGUAAAUAAAGUUCCUCAAUAUCUUAUUUCCUCACAAUUAUUGUCGACGAUAUGGCAUACUGGAGCAGAAGACCAUACAGGGAAUGAUUCGAAUGGAUAUAUGCUCAUAAUCAAUGUGAAAGACGAAGAAAAUAGUACACUUUUCAAUUCAACUAUCGAUAAUUUGUGUAUUGGAUUAUUUUAUGAAUUCUCUGCAUAUUUGGCUAAUGUUGUCAAAAUUCCCCUAGAACGCAAACCAAAUGUUCGCUUUGAAGUCCGAGAAACAAUCGAUUCACAAGAUUUACUUGCAAACGUCACCACGGGCUCCAUACAGCAGCAGUUGAACAUGACUUGGGAAAAGCAUAGUUUGUUAUUCAAUGCAUCAGUUACAUCGGUCACACUAUUAAUGAUUUCCCACGUUAAAGGAGGUGAGGGAAACAGUAUAGCUAUUGACGAUAUUGAAGUCCGUGUUUGCUCAACUAUAUAUUCUGGUGUUUGUCCUACAGAUCCCGACGUUUGUCGAGAUACACCCGAUUGGUACAAUGGCCAUCCCGCCUCCAACGCCAACGGUGGAAAAGGUUGGGCUUGUGCAGAUUACGCGAUGCAUCCUGAAAAUACAUCCAUUUUUUGGUGUAAAGAUGGAAAGGCAACAAUAGGCAAUGAUUGGGCAUUAGGUGCUGAAUUCAAAUAUCCGGAGAAGAAUUGUUGCGUAUGUGGUAAAGCGUGUUUGCCAACUCCUUGCCAAAAUAAUGGAACAUGUAAUCCUGCUGAUGGUAGCUGCACGUGUCAAGGUCAAACUAGUGGUCCAACAUGCUCAGCUUGCGGAUGUCAAAAUAGUGGAACAUGUAAUCCUACUAAUGGCAAUUGUCAGUGUACAGGUGGAUGGACUGGUACAACAUGCACAAAUGAACCUACAACAUCAUCAUCAUCCUUAACAACACCAACAACGCCUUCCACAACAACAAUGACAUCAUCAACUACAACGCCAUCAACAACAUCAUCAUCAUCGUCAACAACAACAUCGUCAUCAUUAACAACGACAGCAUCAUCAACAACAUCAUCAUCUACAACAACAACAAUAUCAACAAAAAUAACAACAUCAUCAUCAACAUACUCAACAACGCCAUCAACAACAACAUCAUCAACAACAGCCCCAUCAACAACAAGGUCAUCAACCAGAACGCUAUCAACAACAACAUUAGCGCAAAAAACAUCACCUAUAGUAACGACUGGGAGCAAUGCUAAUAGUUCAUCAUUGAUUUUCGUUCCAAAACCUUGCACUGAUUCGACGUUUAUUGGUCUCAGUUGCAAUAUCUCAAACAGUCCAUGUGAGCUGGCAACACCAUGUGAAAACAAUGGUACAUGUAUAAACAAUAAAGUGGCAACUAAUAGAUAUAUUUGUUCAUGUCCAUCAGGUAUCAAUGGCACUUAUUGUGAACUUGAUCACCGAAUCUGCAAACCACAUCUAUGUUUACAUAAUGGUACGUGCAAUGAAACAUCGAACACCACAUUUCAUUGUGUAUGUGAAAAUGGUUGGGAAGGUAUUCAUUGUGAAUCAAUGGUCAAUCUUUGUGAAGGUGUAGAAUGUAUGAAUAAUGGUGUUUGUCGACCAUUAUUAUUAGGUUAUAAAUGUGAAUGUCUUGGUACUAGUUAUUAUGGUUCUCAUUGUGAGUUUACUGCAAGAAAAACAGUUAUCUCAAAAAUCAUUUCAAAAUCAUUUUCUUAUAUUGCAAUUACUGCUAUAGCAAUUGUUGCAAUGUUUAUUGUAAUAAUGGAUAUAUUAACAUAUUGUUUUGGUAUCGAUAUGACGCGUGAAGAGCUAGAACGGUAUCGACGAGAGAAAUGA